AUGAUUUUUCGCCAGGGUCGUGCUUGUGUGGCGGCGCUUGGCUGCUUGGUAGCAGCCGUUCAUGUAUUUGGCAACCUGUCGUUGGAUUGCGUUCGUGCCACAUCUGUGGGUAGUGUCGGCAAGAACUCUGAUGACAAGGGUAAGGUGGCCAGUACCAAAAUUGAUUUAGACCCUAAGGAUCUCGGCCAGUUCGGCUAUGUUCCGCCGGGUGAUGGACGGGAUCCUGCCGGCGACGAAGUGCAGGAAUGCAAGUACCCUACGGAUGGUGAAGGUGUCGGACGGCUGGACGUGCUUGUACCGGGGAGUUUAGUCGUUGCUGUGCGCUGCCCCGACGGAAGCUCUUCUGACUUCACACCAGCUAAUCACACUUUGGCCUAUACGGUGAACAGUGAUGGAAGUUGUGACACAACAACGGCUGUCGAUUUGGACACUCUAAUUUCACAUGCCGUACUCGAUGAACGUAAAGAAAACGACGAUCCUCUUCUCGGGAGUAUGCGAUUCUUCGCCCGCGGACUGCCGCUUGCCACCGAGACGAAAGCGUGCUUCGUUUGCAGCAAAGGGAAGACCGGAAGUAACAAGGGCAAGUCGUGCGAGGUGAUUGUAACGGUCCCCAAAGCGUCCUUGCCAAAUUCUUGGGUGUGCGACCCCCUCCUUCCUCCAGGUGGAAACAUGGUGACGUUCCAAGGUGACGGGUCAGAGAAAACGGCUACCGUCCACUGCCCACCAGGGUAUUCAAAUCUCGACUCACCAGACGAAGACGGCUAUGUAAUGACGGGUCCACAGUGUAUGACCAAAGCAAAGCUGGAAGAUGUCUUGGGGUCGGGCUCUACCAUCAAGACAGUAGAACUUAAGUCCCCACCACGUGGUGUUUCCAAAUCUUAUCAGGUCACCGCUACAUCUUCUUUCGCAAAACCGCGCAUUCUUUGCCUGGCAUGUGAACCUGGGAAGAAUGAACAGGUGUCCUCGUCUGCUCCAAACCGAUGCAUGGUUGAGGCCUUCCUCCCCGCAGCGGCUGCGGAAGUGUCCGAUGGAGACUCUGAUCUGCAAAAAGCAAGGAAUUUGAACUCUCAGGAGCCGCCCUCCGAAACCGGAACGUCUACCGUCACAACGUCUACCGUCACACCGUCUACCGGCGCAACAUCAGAUGGAGUAGUGCUUUCUUGUGCCACAUCCGCUGCCCUUCUUGCCGUCAUGUCUGGGUUAACGGCCGUUGCCAUGUGA